UCCCAGUUUGUGUAGUUAAAUCGUUAACAGUGCGCGAGAACGGGUUGAUAUUGUGAUGGAUAAACAUUGAUCGAUAUUACCGAUGUUUUGAAAACAUCGAUGUUAAGUUUAUCAAAGGAAAAAAAUCCAACCCGCGCCGUCCAUAACAAUUUCCCAAAGUUUCUGUGCAUUCAAGUGCAACUAAAAUUAGUAGCUGUUUCUUUUGUGUUUGCUUGUUGUGCUUUGUGUUUUGGCAAAACAACAGUUUGGAGGCAAUUCACACAGGCGAACACUGAGAAAAGAAAACCGCCAAAAUUGGUUACCUAACGAAAACUUCGUUUGUGCUACGGGACGGCAGACUUAGCUGUCGCGCCAUUAAGAACAUCUGCAUCUUUUCCUAUCCCAAACUCCUUGCAUCAUCUUCCUUGCAUCAAAUUCCUGUUCGGAUUCGUCUUUUGUAGACAAAAGAAGACGACAUGGGCUUCAGUUCGCGAAUGGACUGCUGCGGGCAGUUCGUAAAGUACAGCCUUUUCAUAGCCAACUUUGUGAUAUUCGUGGGUGGAGCCAUUGUAUUCUGCCUUACCCUGUGGACCCUUGUGGAUCGCAGCUUCGUCAAUGAGUUGCUCGGAACAAAUCUCUUCUCGGGAGCUGUUUACGUCCUGCUGGUUACAUCGAUUAUCAUCUGCCUGGUUUCCUUUUUGGGCUGUGUUGGUGCAGGAAAGGAGGUCAAAUGCCUGCUACUUACGUAUUUCAUAAUCGUGGCUUUAGUUUUCGUCACCAUGCUAAUUGGCGGCGUCUUGGGUUAUGUGUUCCGUGAACGGGUGCAGCAGACCAUGCGGCAGGAAAUGCGAUCCACGAUGGCCUUGUACGGCAGCAGGAGGGAGAUCACCCAGGCCUGGGAUUUGACCCAGGAGCGGCUGCAGUGCUGCGGAGUGGACACGUGGCACGACUGGAAUAGGUACGGACCUGUGCCCGAGUCCUGUUGCCAGGAGCUUUUUGGGGGGCAGCGAAAGGAGUGCACCAUCUUUCCCACCAUCACGAAUCUUUAUAACCAGGGCUGUCUCUACGUGACGACCAACUUCAUCAGGGAUCAUGCCGCGGUUAUUGGGGGCACCUCCAUAGCGGUGGCCAUUUUAAUGAUCUUCGGUAUGAUAUUCUCUUGUCUACUGUUCAAUAUGAUCGAAUAGCGCCAAAGAUAUGGGGAAUUCCUUGGCCAGGCAGAAAAAUCAGCUUCCGAGGUCCACAGUCCUGAAGAGACCCAUUUUUGAAUGAAUUUCACUGGUGGAAUAUAAGAGUAUUAUCAGAGUAUAUGAUAAUGUUGGCUCUGAUCAACUUUCCGUUUGUAUUAUGUAUGUAUAUACGUGUUUAAAUGAGUAUUCAUGAGCGAGAAACUGGAUUGUAUUGUUAUCAUCUGUUCUAUCAUUUUGUAUUAUUUCUAAAUAAUUCUGUAAAUUUAGUCGUAAGCUCCUGUAAUCAAUACCCCAACGCAGUUGUUAGUUUUAAGUGAGCUUUUCUAUUGUUUAUAGAGAAUUAAUAUGUCCGUCCAUUGUUGUUUCUAAUAAAAUUAGUUGAAAUCAAA